AUGCCAACAUGGAAUCUGUUUAGACCAAAGGGCCUCGAGCACUGUCCUGUUCCUGCGCCCACGCCUCGUGGGAAAUUCGAUAAACACGGUAAAGAUCUCCGCAAACGACAGCUGCCUUCGGGCCAAAGCGUGUCUGCUCCGCGACCGUCCGCCGUGGACUCAAUUAACUCUUUCACAGUCGUGUACACGAGACAUCACGCAACUAGCGGGCUGAGCUCCUACCGGAGCGUGAGAUCCAACAGGUCCAGGUCUAUCACCAGGUCAUCUCAACUAUCCACGCGGUCGCGUGGUUCAAAGCUCCAGGCACUCCGUGAUCUUCACGAAAUUCACCAUUGCUACGUUUGCAGCAAUGAGUUCUCUGGUAUGCUCUGUGAGACCUGCGACACCUCCCACGAUACUUUUGGCACCCCAGAGUCAGACUGUACUGCGGGGAUCGAUUUAGAGCUUCUCUGCGAACUGUCGAACUCAAAUGACUUUCCCCUGCUUCAGGCAGUUGUUUCUUCUGCAUUCAGUGAUAUUUCAACCGUCAUUGCAUCGUUUUAUAUCCGCAACCCGACCCCGCCUGACUCCGACCCCAGCACUUUGCCCCCCUUCGAUAUCGACGUGGAAAACAUCAACACCUUUUACGACGUCUUGUCUAAUGUAUCGUCAAAUAGUGCCAUGAGAGCCGUUCUCCAUGGUGCUUCUAUGGCGAUGCGAUGCCGUCCCUACGGCCCGCCCACCGACACAGAACUUCGCUAUAUUCUGGCCCUCUUGCAAUGCCCCAUCUUUACCGACUGCUCUAUGUUCACAAAAUUGACAGGCCCCCUUCAAAAAUUAGGACGUUAUGCUUCCUACCGAAUGCCGGCUCGUGUAGUAUUGGAAAAGUGCCUAGGUUUGCUGGCGAAUUCUAGUCCAGAGCAGCGUGACCGUAUCGUAAGCUAUUUCGCUACGGUCGACAAAGAGUACUUUGCCGGUUUGGUAGAGUUGCUCAAUGGUUAUGUCGCCCAUCGUUUGGGCUUCAUCUACCAUCAAAAAACCAACGUGUUAGAUCCUUCGCGCAAAAACCUUAUUCCUGUGGACAUGUACUGCUUGGAUUGGCGUCUGACAGCUACAACAAAGGUUUUGUCUAUCCUAUUCAGUGCUAACAACAUUAGCCGGAAUCUGGCAGUAUCGUCAUUCUACAAUUCAAUGGUAGAUAACGUCGAGCUGAAUCAUGACUUUGACCGUUGGUUCAUGAACGUAAAGCCGCUUGUGAUGCAACGUGAGGAGCCUGUGUUCUCCACCUGGCAGACUCAACCUUGUGCCAGUAUGCCCUUUGGUGAGCGACGCUUUUACUUUUGUAGAUUCCCAUUCAUGCUGUCAAUUGCCGCAAAAAAUCGCAUCUUCGACCACACCGUCCGUCGAGAAAUGGAUGCAAUGGUUCGUAAGGAGAUGUUUUCAAGAUUGGCAGGCCACCAAACCAAUUUCCGCUUGCCUCGAAGUGGCGAUUCCGAAGUCCACAUCCGUCGCAACCACCUACUCGAAGAUUCAGUUGCAAAGCUUGAGCCUUUGGACCUCGCAUUAAGGCUAAAUAUUCGCGUCCGGUUCGUCGGCGAGCCAGCAAUUGAUGCUGGUGGACCCCGUAAAGAAUGGCUCGCUCUGCUUUUUAAAGAGCUUCUAGAUCCCAAGCGGGCCAUUUUCGUUACUGAUGAAACCUCAAGCUUUAGUUGGUUGGGCACCGCAGACUUGUCAUACUACACUAUCGCAGGAAUCGCUUUUGGCCUUGCACUGCGGAACUCAACCAGUCUUGAUGUGAAUUUCCCCCAAAUACUUUUCAAAAGGAUGCUAGGCCAGACCUGCAACUUGGCUGAUGUUGAGCAACUGUGGCCACUUAUUGCUCAAAGUGCACGGGCUAUCCUAGAUUAUGACAAGCCCGACUUUGAGGAGGUAUUUGGCCUCAACUUUGUAUCCCCCUCUGGAGCCGCUCUUGUGCAGGGCGGCGAUCAAGUGCCGGUCACGUUGGAGAACAAGGAGGAAUACAUCACACUGCUCGUCACCUCCUUGGUGGAUACCCCACAAAUGCAGGCCAUUUGCAAAGGCUUUUCAAAGACCGUGGGUGGCGCUUCAUUAUCACUGUAUCGUGCGGAGGAAAUCGAUUACCUCGUGCACGGUGAUAGAAGGCCCAUCGACGUUCAAGCGUUACAGUCGGUCACCAAGUACAAAAACUUUGGAUGCCGGUCUAAAAUAGAGGCCAAAGAACCGGUUGUUUUGUGGUUUUGGGAGUUUUUCGCUUCCUUGGACCCCGAAAAGCAAGCCAGGCUUCUUGCUUUUGUGACCGCCAGUGACAGAAUCCCUCCCAUGGGGGUUCACAAUAUGACAUUCAGAAUCUCGUGCCUGGGGAAUGACAGUGAAAAUCUCCCCACCGCACACACGUGUUUCAACCAGUUGGGUAUUUAUCGAUAUUCGAGCCGGGAAAAGUUCGAACGCAAAAUGUUGUUUGCCAUGAACGAAUGUCGCGGGUUCGGUAUUAAAUAA